GUAUGCACCGGAACACGCUGGUUGUGACCCGCCAUUAAAACCAGAGAGAGAGAGAGAAAGUGCAGUCCUUCACAGCGCGGGAAAUAAUAUUCAUUGUUAUUCAUCUGCGGCUGGGUUAGAGGAAUCUGCUGCAUCAUGGGAAACACCAGCGAUCGAGUGUCUGCAGAGAGACCCGGAGCGAAGCCGCAGCGGGCCGACAGCGGAGCCCCCCGGGACCGGGACCUGGAGCCCAGCAAACUGAUGGACAGCACCGACGACCCCAAUAUAUUCAACACACACGGGCCAGAGUCUAAAGCCGCGGGCGAGAAGGACUUGGCUCCGGAUCUAGAGGACAUGGUGAAGACGGGUCGGCAGGCUCGACCCACAGUGAUCCGCUGGGCCGGAGGAGGCAAGGAGGUCUGCAUCACCGGCUCCUUCAACAACUGGAGCAGCAAGAUCCCCAUGAAUAAAAGCCAUAAUGAUUUUGUAGCAAUCUUGGACCUGCCUGAAGGUGAACAUCAGUACAAAUUCUUUGUUGAUGGCCAGUGGCUUCAUGACCCCUCUGAGCCGGUUGUCACCAGUCAGAUGGGCACCAUUAACAAUCUGAUCCAUGUGAAGAAAUCAGAUUUUGAGGUGUUUGAUGCACUGCAGGUGGACUCUCUCGAGUGCUCUGAUACGUCCGAUCUGUCCAGCUCUCCGCCUGGGCCGUACAGACAGGAGGUGUACGUGUUCAAGCCUGAGGAACGCUUCAAAGCACCCCCCAUCCUGCCGCCUCACCUCCUACAAGUCAUUCUCAACAAAGACACCAACAUAUCGUGUGAUCCUGCCCUGCUGCCAGAACCCAACCAUGUGAUGCUCAAUCAUCUGUACGCGCUCUCCAUCAAGGAUGGUGUGAUGGUUCUCAGCGCAACUCAUCGUUAUAAGAAGAAAUAUGUGACGUCUCUUCUGUACAAACCUAUUUAAUAAGCUGUGGAUGAUGCAUGGUGUGCUGUCCUCAUCCUCUAUAGUCCAGAUUGCACUAUUAACACAUUAAUACAUGCAGUAGAUCUGUCAGCUUGAGACUUCAACAGUAGUGUGUGUGUGUGUGUUUGUGUGAGUGUGUGUGUUUGUGUGAGUGUAUGCGUGCGUGUGUGUGUGUGUGUGUGUGUGUGUGUGUGUGUCCUGUCAUCACACAUUCAAUACAAUGACAUCUAAACGUCUUAGCUGCAGCAUUUUGCGAUUACAAUCUUGAGGGCCAGAGUUUUAUCUGUCCAAAGCGUUUAUAAAAUGUUGUCAAACAGGAUUCAUAUAUUUGAAACCUGCUACAGACACAAGGUGUUCAUAAAUAAAAGUGAGUUCAAGUUUAGAGUUUAACACAGAUGAACAUUUGAACGGAAUGAUUCAUUGCACGCUUUUGUAGUGUCAAACUGCAUUUUAGAAACUGUGUCUGUUUUCAGAACGAAAGGAAGUUUCAGCCAAACACAGUGACAUUUAGUAUUUACCUUCCUAACAGAAAUAUUCACUUCAAUACUUUCACCUGGGCAUUGAUGUGCUUUGAGCAGAGUUGCGUUAUGACUUCAUCAAAAGGAACAGCAUCAGAAUGGCACAAACAGAUUUUGAACUGUGUGAGUUUUCUGGAGUUUUCCUGCAUGUGGUUUGAAUUUCCCCGUGAUGCGGUCAGACGAGCACUUUAGCUGUUUCACGGUGACACAAACACGUUCUUUAUUUUAUCAAGCAGGAAUGUAUUUUUGCGUCUGUCAAAAAUGUUACUUUUAUGCUCAACACUGUAUUGGCCAAAGGUAUGUGGACACCUGAGCUUAACUGGUUUGUUCCAAUGGUGUUCAGGUCGGAUUUUUCAGGCCAGUCUAGUUCUGCAGCAGUGUCUGGACACACGUCUCUUUCAGGAGCUUGUGAAGGGUUCAUGACAAUGUUGGAAACACAGAAUUCUCUAGAAUGUUGUUGCAUGUGUAACCUAAAGAUUCAUUUUCACUAGAAUUCCUGGAAUAGACAGACCUGUUCAUUAAGAAUGGGGCAUCCACAUAUGUUUGGCCAUAAUAUGUAUGAUGUUUGUAUUAAAUAUUUGUUGUGUGAAAUGUUUGGUUUUGUUGGUUUUACCAUUUCUGGUCAUCGAUAUUAAAUGCUGAAACAGAAUUGUGAUUUGUGAUCACAUCAGGAUUUUUUUAACGAUGAUGAUGAUAUAGAUUAUAUUUGAGGUUUUCAUUUGUUUGCUGUGAGUUUAAUAUUUAUUGACGUUGAAGAUGUAGUCACUCCAAAGAUACUAAUGGUAACUUUAAUAUGAUGCAAGUGUGAUUUUCCAAAGGAAAGAUUCUCCAAAAUAAGAGUUUCAUGGGAUAACGGUAACACCACAGCAUAGCUUUAAAUGCUUUGACAGGUUAUUUUGAAGGAAAGUCCACUAACUUGAUUGUUUUUCUUUUUAUCAUAUGUACUGAUAAAUUAUUUGUUGAGCUAUGCAUUAUAAAUUAUGGAUGUUUUGCUUCAAAAAUAAAGCAAACUGUUCUAG